AUUGAAGUCGCCUAUUCCGACACUUACCAUUUUGCUACAUUAUAGAAACAAAAUGCAAGGUCACAAAUUAUGUUGUCUGCUCGGACACAACAAUGAUGUGAGGGACCUGCAAAGUAAGGUGAACUGACUAAUCACAUAGAUGAUUAAUUUGUAUUAGGUACGGGAUUAAGCAUAUAAAGAAGGGUGGGUGUGGAUGGUUUUUGCCCUUUACAAUGACUGAAGGCUUACACUAUAAUAUUGAUACUCUAUGAUUAUACAUGCUAUAUAAAUCACUUCAUCAGUUGGGAUGCUGCAGUGGGAGGGGACAUUGCAUGGACAGUUCCUAGGGAAACAUAUAGAUCCAAUCGAAAUCAUGUUACCCUUGGCUGUUGAUUGAAGUGGAUGGGAUUCCAUGUCUCCAUCCUCAACCAAUACUAUAUAUUACGCAUAUGCAUAUGGAAAGGAACUCAUCAAUCACAAUUGUAAAUUCGCUAGAAGGUCUUCUCUUCUAUCUUUUCUCAAAUCACAAAGACGAAAUGGCAUUCCACACUCGAUCUAACAGCUUCCCGUCAAGGCCACACCCGAUCGUUGAAGAAGUUUAUGAACUUUUGUGCAGAUUGAGGUCUUCUGAAUCCACCUCCACAUCAUCAUCAAUCAGCCACAAGCUAAGUAACCUCAAAGACUUGCAUGAUUGUGUUGAGAAGUUGCUUCAGUUGCCCCUCACCCAACAAUCAUUAGCCCAAGAGCAGAAUGAGAAAUGGACUAAUGAGUUAUUAGAUGGCUCUGUCAGACUCUUGGAUGUUUGUGCCACUGUCAAGGAUACCCUGUCGCAAACCAAGGAAUGCGUGCAGGAUCUUCAAUCCAUCAUCAGAAGGCGGGGAGGUGAAUCUGCACUUACAAGUGAGGUCACAAAAUACUUGACCUCCAGGAAGAUGGUGAAGAAGGCAAUCCACAAGGCUAUGGUAAAUCUGAAGGGGAUGAAAAAUAGAUCAGCAUUCUCUUCCCCCAACAAGGACGAGGAGACAAUUGCCAUCGUUAGCAAGUUGAGAGACGUUGAAGCAGUCACUCGCGAAGUAUUUGAAUCGCUAAUGUCAUUCAUCUCAGGGCCAAAAUCACGGUCAUUGGUCUCAAAGAUGAUGCAGUCAAAAAAAGCGGCUUGUGAGAUAGAGACAGAAGUGAAUGAAUUUUCACAGGUGGAUGCUGCACUACACAAAAGUGCCGAUAACGCGCAAAACCAGCUUGAGAAGCUAGAGUCGUGCAUUCAAGAUCAGGAAGAAGGGCUUGAGUGCCUAUUUAGACAGUUGAUCAAAAUAAGAGUCUCCCUCCUCAACAUCCUAAACCACUAGAUUUAGAUCCUAAAUUUUGUACAUGAAAAGUAUACUUAUAUACAUUACAUAAUUUGAAAUGAAAUUGAGAGUCUAUUGAGUAAAUAUCUACUUUCUCGCUAUUUAAGAAACUAUUGCAGAACAACAAUCUUUGAUGAUAAUUUUAUGGGAUUUUCAGAAUUGCACUAAUCAAAUCCAAUAGAAUUUUCUGAUUUAACAAUGAUUAGUAAUUUUCUCUGUUUAUCCAUGAGUGAACUAGAACCCUAUAUGAUUUCAAGACUGGAAAUUUGACCACAGUAUCAUCAAGCGGUAACAAAAAUUAAAAAUUAAAGAAAAAAACAUCUAAGAAAGAGAGCUGGACACGGCAUGUGAUUUUGAGCAGCAAGCAGAGUAAAUAUCAGAUUUCACAGCUAUCAAGAUUCUUGUUGUCCAAAAAGAAUUAUCAUAUUCGUUCACCAAAUUUUUAUUGAUAAAAAAUAAAAAAUAAAAAAAAACAAAAGUUUCCCUCCUC